AUGUCGUUACCAAGCGACUACAACAACGAGAUCAGCGCCUUGAACCGGGAGGUUCUCAAACACCAACCUAACGACAUCCUACAAUUCUGCAGUGACUUCUUCCAGCGUCGCCUCGCCUCUCAACGUCACGAAUUCGUUCUUUCCCAGAGACACUCCAGUCAGCCAGGUCCCGCUGAAAGCAACUUCCCGGGAAGCAAUCCUUUCGGCAGCUCCGCCGCGACUUCACAAGGCUCAUCCGCGGCGGUAAACGCAGCAGGAAGCACCAUGCGUCCGGUCGCAGAAGAGGAGGAACAUGACCUUGCGUCUCCCACUCAGACAUCUUUUCCUUUGAACAUCCGCUCACAAAUCCCCUCGGCCGACAAUUCUCGCUCUCCAUUCUCCUCGGGUGCUCCCGAUGAUACCAGCAAUAAUAGCAGAGGCAAUACAUUUGGUAACUUUGGAUUUGGCGGUCCCGCAGCAUCUUCAUCCUCUUCACGACUCGGAAGCCCACCCGCGGGCGCAGCCAUGGAGUCGUCCUCGUUCCCCAACAACUACAACCUUGGUCGUCGAACCUCUGUCAGUGCCGAAUCACUGGCACCCGCUUCCGCCGAGGACAGUUCCAGUUGGAAAGCUCCUCAAUACCCCAAGACAGCUGAUCAGCUAGCUCGCUUGCGAACUGCCGUCAGCCAAAACUUCCUCUUCUCGCACCUUGAUGAUGACCAAACUACUCAAGUCCUCGGAGCUCUGCAAGAGCGCAAAGUCCCAGCCAAGGAUGUUCGCGUGAUCGUGCAAGGCGAUGCCGGUGACUACUUCUACGUCGUUGAGAGCGGCUCUUUCGACAUUCACGUCUCUCCAACUGGCCGCGCAGAACCGGGCCCUGCUGGCCUCGGUCCCAAAGUCGCCUCCUCCGGCCCCGGCAGCUCCUUUGGUGAAUUGGCACUGAUGUACAACGCACCUCGUGCCGCCACAGUUGUGAGCGCGGAAGGCCCGAGUAUCCUUUGGCAGCUCGACCGCGUUACCUUCCGUCGUAUCCUCAUGGAUUCGGCGUUUCAACGUCGCCGCAUGUACGAGACGUUCCUCGAGAGCGUCCCUUUGCUCGCCACCCUCACACCAUACGAACGCAGCAAGAUUGCCGAUGCCCUCGAGACAGCCAAGCACCCCGCUGGCAGCACCAUUAUCCGUGAAGGUGACGUCGGUGAUACUUUCUUCCUGCUCGAAUCCGGACACGCCGAGGUCCGCAAGCGCGGUUCCAACGACCCUGCUCCGCUCAAGGUCUACGGACCAGGAGAUUACUUCGGCGAACUCGCGCUCCUCGAGGACAAACCCCGUGCCGCGAGCGUUGUCAGCACGACCGAAGUCAAAGUCGCCAUGUUGGGCAAGGACGGCUUCCAGCGCCUCCUGGGGCCCGUGGAGAGCAUCAUGCGCCGCGAUGACCCCAGGAAGCAAUAG